UCGCCAGCAUGGCCUUUGCACAGGUCAGGAAAGUGCACUUCAGAACUCAGCUCCUGACUGUGUGAAAAGGGCAGGUUGCAGGAUUUGUGUGUGACCUUCUGCUCAGCUUGCUGGACUGUCACAGAUCUUUUCUUGUUUCCAUGACUCGUCGGCCCCUCCUCUGGCUCCGAGCAUUUGGAGCGGAGCUCUUUGGCCAAACAGCCCUUGCUGAAAUGUCAAUACACAACCGGGACGCUGGCUCACGGGGUUCAUCAUGGUUUCCAAGCAGUGCGUGGCUUUGUUUCUCUGCUUCCCGCUGCUGAUUCCUCUUUCUCUGGAUGCAGUCUUUCUAAAGCAGAAAGAGGCACACAGCAUUUUUCGAAGGUCAAGACGAGCCAACAGCUUCUUCGAAGAGAUAAAACUGGGGUCACUGGAGCGAGAAUGCAUGGAAGAAAAGUGUUCCUUUGAGGAAGCAAGAGAGGUUUACCGUGAUGAUGAAAGGACAAAAGAGUUCUGGCACAUCUAUUCCGACCCUAACCAGUGUGACUCCAACCCCUGUCAGAACGGUGGGAGCUGUGACGACCAGUUUCAGGAUUACGUUUGCCGCUGUCCUGUCGAAUAUGAGGGCAAAAGCUGUGAAAAAGCCGUGGCAGACAAACUGCAGUGCAUUUACGACAACGGUGGCUGUGAACAGUACUGCACUGAUGAACAGUCCGAAAAACGCGUGUGCUUCUGUGCAGACGACUACACUUUAGCGAGUGAUGGCGUGUCCUGCAUCCCCCAAGUGAAAUACCCAUGUGGAAAAAUACCAGUACUGGCAAAAAAAAAUGCAACUGAACGAGGGAGAAUAGUAGGUGGUUUAAUCUGUCCUCCAGGUGAAUGUCCAUGGCAAGCCCUUAUAAUACAGAAUCAGAAAGAAAAGUGUGGCGGCACCCUUCUUGCCCCAGAGUGGGUGGUCACUGCAGCUCAUUGUUUGGAUAAUACUCAUGAUGAAGAGCUUCGGGUGAGACUGGGUGAACAUGCAAUAAAUUACGAUGAGAAAACUGAGCAAGAAAGCGGAGUCUUCAGGUCAAUAGUUCAUGAAAGAUACACGAAUGGACAAGUCAAUAAUGAUAUUGCCCUUCUGCAUCUGGAAACACCUGUGAACCUCACUGAUUAUGUGGUGCCGAUAUGUUUGCCUGAAAAACGGUUUGCAGUGUACGAACUGUCCUCCAUCAAGUUCUCCACAGUGAGCGGAUGGGGACGCCUACUAGAUGGAGGUGCCACCUCUUCUGUUCUGAUGAGAGUUGAUUUACCACGGGUAAAGACACAAGAAUGUGAAAAGGAAACUGAUUUAAAUAUUACAGAGAAUAUGUUCUGUGCAGGAGACCUGACCGGUGUUAAGGACUCCUGCAAGGGAGAUAGUGGUGGACCUCAUGCUACGAAGUACAAGAACACUUGGUUUCUGACCGGGAUUGUCAGCUGGGGAAAGGGCUGUGCUGUUCAAGGCAGCUAUGGGGUUUACACAAGGGUAUCCAAAUACAUCGACUGGUUGAAGAAGCAUAUGGAUUAAUAAUGUUGAACCAGAUCAUUUCCAGACCAUGUUAUUGCCCCUCGGUCCCACUGUGCCAUUUCUCUAUUGAAACAUUCUGUCAUUAUCUUAGAUAUGUGAUACCUGUGAUACCCACACCACUAUUAAUGAUUUCAAACAAGCUUAAUGCCAACUUGAAUAUAUAAAAUAACUUCCCUACCAGUAUUAUUUGUAAACUUGCAUAUUUUGUCAAGCAGGUGCAGAAUGGUCACAACAAAUAGGACUCAGAGUCUCUCUCAUUCUGCACCCAUUUCUGCUAGGGGACAGAUCUAGAUACUGAGAGAAAGCCUGUCAGCAACAUGUCAAGCAUACCAUGAUCCUGUGGCUGCCCUCUUAGCUUCUGGUAAUCAGUGAUGUACAGACUUCCUGAGCCAGAAGUUGCACUGAAUGGUCCUUAAAUGAACCUGUUGUCCUCAAGUGUGUGCAAUCUCUUUUGAACACAUUUAUGCCUCUGACUUUCACAACUUCCUAUGUUGAUGGGUCUUGUAAUAUAAUGAUGCAAUGGCAUAAGAAAUAGAAAAAGUGUUUCUUUGAGCUUAUAUUAAAGUAGCUUUCUCCUACAGUUGCAGUGGCAAUAGGUAUGUUUGAGAGGGAGGAACUGUAGAGAGUCUCCAGAAAAAGAAGGCUGGGAAAAGGUUGAUUUCACAUUUACAGAUCUGCUACGAAAACUUGAUUUUAGUCUUCUUGCAACAAGCAUUAUUGCAGUAAGGCUACUAUGUGUAAUAUUUAACCCUAUACUUAUGAGCGGUGAAGAAUACCACUGAUUUAAUCUUGGUAUUAUGCUCACUGAUACUGAAUAGAGAAAAUGAAAUGGAAUGUUUGUUUAAUCUGUUGUCCAGUAUAAUCUAAAUUGUACUUUCUGUCCUGAGAUCUAAAACCAGAACAGAUAAUUGCCUGACCAUCUGCAAAACUCUUGCCAAAGACCGUUCCCUAAAGCCUUAAUGCAUGAAUGGUAGAGCAUGAAAAGCUCUGAAAACACCAUCAACUAUGCAACUAAAAAAGGCACCUUCUAGCCUAAGCAUCAAACCAGUGAAAAGGUGAGGGAGGUCAUGGAUAAAACUGACCAGGAGAUUAGAAAAUAGUUUAAGUAUCCUACGCAAAACUUACACUUUGGAUUCAUUCAAAUAAUACUGGAUAUCAACUCAAUCACAAAAGCUUAUCAGCAAAUAGGACACUUAAAAUUGACCAUACUCUACUAUCACAGGAAAACACUGACAUUAUAUGGUACAUUUACCAUGUAAUACUGGACAUCCUAUAACUUGCUUUCUGAUGUAAAGAAUAGAACACUAUUUAUUUAAGUAGUGAACUCAAUUGGGAAAAGCAGCACAUUCCAGAGACCAGGGAAGUAAGAGGUCUUACAGUAUGAAAACAUACCCCAGAGGUUCUUAUUACUCCUUAAAGGAAAACACAUAUGCCAGCAGAACAUAUUCCCAGGAAGGUGACUAGGAACAGUGACCAGCAAAUAAAACCUCAUUUUCAUUGGCAUGAAGCACUCAGCAUUGCAAAAUCACCCCUUCAGACCCAUUGAGCUAGAAUAGUUUUGUGUUUUCCAUGCUCCAUAGGAUGAUCUCUACUCUGUAAUGUUCCAGUGUAAAUAUUGACAUUUAUGAACAAAUCAUCGUCCUGCAGAAAAAGGCUAAAAUGCUGAAAGAAUACAACCAGUACUAAUGGCUGCA